UCAGUGACAGGUCCUACCAAGUGGGCGUCUGACUCGCGGUACACCAACAACACACCAAGCAAACUUCAUAAGAAUGUCUGCUCCUUACAAGGCUCCCGGCGGCAAGGGCGAAGAGGGCGGCGAGGCCGCUCGCGUCCACCGCAUCCGCAUCACGCUCACCUCCAAGAACGUCGCGAACCUCGAGAAGGUCUGCGCGGAUCUCAUCCGCGGCGCGAAGGAGAAGCGCCUCAAGGUCAAGGGCCCCGUGCGCAUGCCCACGAAGCGCCUCAAGCUCACGGUGCGCAAGUCCCCGUGCGGUGAAGGUACCAACACGUGGGAUCGCUUCGAGCUGCGGAUCCACAAGCGCCUCAUCGACCUGCACUCGCCCGCGGACGUCGUGAAGCAGAUCACGUCCAUCUCCAUCGAGCCGGGGGUCGAGGUCGAGGUCACGAUCGUCGACGCGUAAGUGAGACGCCCGACGCGAUCGAGUCCUUUCGAUCCGAUCCGAUCGUCGCGGUGGGUGGUCGGUCGCGCAACGCUUCGCUCGUCGCGGAGAGCGCGGCGGCGAGGCGAAGAUGAAAAUCACAGAUUUUCUCUCGUCUCGUCGUCUCUCGCCUCUCCGCGGACCGGCGGCGACGCGGCGACGCGUCGACGCUGUCGAAGCGUGGCGAUGGGAGCGUGGUUCAAACCCCGCGGGCGCGCGCGCGCGCGGGCGCUGUUUAUCAUAGUCUCGUUGUCAUGACACCUCAGCCGCCAGCCUUAACACGCACUCGUC